AUGUGUAUUCUAGCACCAACAUAUAUUCCGCGUGGUUUUCGCUUUUUACAAGUGUUGGAUGCUACAACAGUACAGUUUGCAUGGGAACCUCCAUUGACUGCUGAUGAAGUUAAUAUUCGCGGCUCUCUUAAAGCUUAUCAAAUUGAAAUGUUUCGACUUGAUGAUCCUGAAAAUUCUCUUCGUGUUAUAUCGAAUAUUUCACCGCAUCAAACUGGAAUAAUACUUUUUAAUGCUCCAGCAAAUGGUCUAGUUGGUGCACGAAUUCGUAUCGAAACUGAUCGCUAUUUAGGACCGACAAGUCCUGUUAUAGAAUUUCGAACACGAGAAGGACGUCCAGGUCCAGUUACUAAUUUACGUGGUUUACAAUAUGCUGGUAAUGGAAUUUUACUCUUCUGGGAACCACCCGAUGAACCAAAUGGUUUUGUAAUUGGUUAUCAAAUUGAUUAUAAAACGAUCGAAAGUAUUGUUGCUCAACCAGGUCUCGAUCAACCUUCAAUAAUAAUUCAAGAUCGUAAUCAAUUCAGUUAUCUGAUUGGUGGACUCAAACCACAUACAAAAUAUCGUGUUCAAGUACGAGCACGCACUGUAGCUGGUCUUUCAAUAAGUCCAGCUAUGCUUGAACUGACAACCAAUCACAGUCUUGUACCAUCGAAACCAAAAUUCUUUGUUUCAUAUCGAGCAACAACCUUCUUUAAUGUUUCAUUUGAUCCAAACGCUAUGGCUAUUCAUGGUAGUCUUUAUUAUGUGCAAUAUAAAGAAGAUGAAAGAGAUGGUGAAUCAAUAUUUAAACGAACAUAUGUUGUAUCAAAUGAUCAUACUAUUAUUGUCAGUCCACUUGAACCUGGUAAAACGUAUAUAGCAAUAUUAGUUGCUGGUGAUGGUAUACGUGCUGAAACUAAAAGUGAUCCUCAAUUGGUUUCAACACUUGGCAAAGAUCGUGGUCCACGAGUUACUAAUGCCUCUUGGUUUAUUGGUCUCCUUGUUUCACUAGCCAUUCUUAUUAUUGUUGUAAUUGUUGUUUGUGGUCUCAUGACACAAAAAGGUGGAAAAUAUUCAAAAUUGGAACAAGAUGCAUUCACCCAUGAUGAUGACGGCAAAUUCAAUGAUUAUAAUCAAGCACCAAGCGAUUCAUCAACCAAGCAUAGCCAAUCAUCAUUACAUGAUUCCACGGCAGAACUAGAUGCCGAUAAACGACGCACUUAUUUAGUUAAGUAUGGCGAAAGUGACGGUCAGAAUGAAGAUCCAAACAAUUUUUCAACUGCUGUAUAG